AUGGGGAAACACAAAACUGUACUUUGGUACAAGGAAGUUGUUCGGUACCUGAGAGCUGUGAAAUGCAAUGAAAACCAAAGGCUCCGAGACCUCCGGGAUCUGAUCCCGUUCUACCUGUGCAAAACUGGGAAUUUCCUGGAUGCUGCCCACUCCCUGCUGUUCCCUGUCAACAGCCUGGCCUGCUGCUCUGCCUGCAGGAUCACCCCCUGCCAGUUCAAGGUCUACCUCAAGAUCUUCAGGACAGGCUGUGUUCCCUCUGGGAAUGACAUGCUGGAGACAGGGCCCUGGGUUACAGCUGGCUCUCCCCUGAGGAACACUGUGCUAAUUAAGCAGGCACUGAAACUGCUCUACAGCAGUGAGGCACUCUACAGGAAUGCCAAAUGUUGGAGUUCCUUCAUCAUGAUUUUGGGGAGCAGUGAUUUGUUGGAAAAGAGGGGGCACCUGCUCCCCUUACCCCUGGGAGAGCCCCCCCUUAGCUUCCAAGAGAAUGUGCUGGCAGCCAGUGGCAACUUCCUGGAGGAUCUCAAGUCUGGAGUUAAUGUCUCUUUACCAUCUGCUACUUUCUCUGGUCAGCUGCACCACGAGGCUUCUCUCAUCCUGGCAGUGCAAGCAGUGCAGCAGAUGCUUUGUUGUGACCUUCCCCACUUGACUUCCUUCUUAGAGAUAGUCCUGGCUUUUGGGAAAAACUUCUGGGCUCUGAGGCUGUUGCUGGACCAGCUGUGCUGUGAGGAGCACAUCCUGUGUGGCACUGCCAACCUGCUCCUGAGGGACCUGAGUCGUGAGGAGGGGACCAUGCUGAGAGUGUGGCAGAACCUCGGCCCCCAGUACGUGGGGGAGUUCCUGUGCCUGUUCCUGACCUGCAGACACAAGAGGAUGCAAUCUGUGGGGCUCUUCAGCCUCAACGUGGUCAUUGAGAACCUGCACCUGUGA